AUGACGAGCGAGAAAAGCGACCUCGAGAAAGCGGUCUCGGCCGAGGAGACUACUACUACUACCGCUGCCGACAAAGAUGGCGACGAGAAGUCUACUACUGUCCACGGCCUGCCCGACGUCGCGGACCUGACGCAGGCGAACAUGAGGGGGCUGAGGAUGCCGGAGAUCAUAGCGAGGUUGACGCCGGAGCAGCGGCUCGAGUUGGAGACGCGACUGAGGCGGAAGAUCGACUGGCGAUUGCUCCCGAUGAUCAUCCUCAUCAACAAUAUCGCGGCCGCGAAGCUCGCGGGUCUACCUGAAGAUUUGAAUUUGGAUCCGAACGCGAGCGAAUUCCAGACCGCUGUGAGCAUCCUAUUCGUCGGCUACCUGCUCAUGCAGAUACCGUCGAAUUUAUUCCUAAACAAGAUCGGAAAGCCGGCUAUUUACCUCCCAGCAUGCAUGAUGAUAUGGGGUGUUAUCUCGGCUGCUACGGCGGCUGUGACUAACUUCGGCGGCCUCAUCGCUGUCCGCUUCUUUCUGGGGUUUAUCGAGGCGGCUUAUUUCCCCGGAUGCCUGUAUUACUUGAGUUAUACCCGUAAAGAACUCGGACUGCGCACAGCGUUCCUCUACUCGGGGGCUCUAAUCUCCGGCGCAUUUUCGGGCUUGAUCUCGGCGGGGAUAACGCAGAACAUGGACGGCGCGAGAGGGUUAGGUGCUUGGCAGUGGCUGUUCGUGAUCGAGGGUGUCAUCACCGUCGGCGUCUCGUUCGCCGCCUUCUGGAUCCUGCCCAACUUCCCGCGGACGACCUCGUGGCUGAGCGAGGAGGAGAAGGCCCUCGCUAUCUGGCGCUUGGAGGAGGAUAUCGGCGAGGACGACUGGAUCGAUAGCGAGCAUCAGUCGUUGUGGACGGGUGCUAGGUUGGCUUUUGCGGACUUGAAAACUUGGGUCUUGUUGUUUCUUCUCUUCGGUAUCGUUGCUAGCGGCUCCGUGACGAACUUCUUCCCGGCCGUGGUCAAGACCCUGGGCUACAGCAACGUCAUCACGCUCCUCCUGACGUGUCCUCCAUAUGUGCUUACCGUUAUAACCACUUUCAUAAACGCCUGGCACGCCGACAGGACCGGUGAGCGCUACUUUCAUAUCAUGAUACCGCUGUUCGUCGCCCUGGCAGCAUUUAUCCUCGCCGCAGCGACAACCAGUUUAGCACCUCGGUAUGUGGCUAUGAUGCUCAUGGUCCCGGGUGUCUACUGCGCCUUCGUCGUUGCCCUCGCCUGGAUCAGUAACACGCUUCCCCGCCCGCCGGCCAAGCGCGCGGCGGCGCUCGCCUUCAUCAAUGCCGUGUCCAACGCCUCGAGCAUCUACGCCUCGUACAUGUACGAGGACCGGAUGGCGCCGCGCUACGUCAUCGCGAUGUCGGUAAACUGCGGGACCAUCUUCCUGUCUAUGGUUUCGGCUACGGUUCUGAGACUUAUACUCGUCAGGCUGAAUAGGAAGCUCGAUCAGGGAAUCUAUGUUAAGGGCGCCAUUAAUGCGCUGCCGGGCACCGCGGCUGAGCACGGGUUUAGAUUUAAGGUCUGA